GAAUAUUCUGAGUCAUAACCUGUUCUUUGGCUUCUUCUUUUUAGCUUUUUUUUUUUUAAUUUGCAAUGGUUCUUUGACUUCAACAAACGGUUCGAACUUGAGAUUCGCUUCAAAUGCAAUUGUUAUCAUUCAAUGGGUAAUUUAGUUCAUUUGUUGUUAUUAUUAUUGUUAGUUUAUGGCGAAUUUACCAUGAGUAUUACAGAGAAAUCUGAAGAUAAUCAGCAGAUGGCGCUUGAUAUAGACCAAAAUGACACUAAUAUACCAGAUGUCGAUAAUGCAACUAACCUCAAUGGUACUGUAGCUCCAUCUGGUAACAUUCGAUUGAAUAAAACAUUUAUUGUGAGUACCAAUACGUCGAACAAACCGGACAGGAUUCACAUAGUUCUAAUAUCUGAGAAUAAUGAGCCAAUCGAUGAAUUCAUCGCAAAUUCUUUUUUGAAUUUGAAGUUGGGCAAUGAUAUACCUCAUGGUAAUUUAUAUAAAUCUUAUCGUCCAUGGUACGCUGGUUUGGGAACGACUCGUCCUCCGAGGAUUAAACCAGGAAAACCUUGGCCAGCUAGACCAGAAGAUUACGCCAAUUUUAGUGUUGCAACUAAUGGAAAUGUGAAGGUUGAAGAUAGAUACGAAGAAAGUUCAACAGAGUCUGUAGAAACUGCGCAAACUUCAAGUGAUGAUCCGAAUUCAAUAAUACCAACACCAAAAUCUGAUAGGCCUUCUUUUGCUGGUUUGGGAACGACUCGUCCUCCAAGGAUAAAACCAGGAAAACCUUGGCCAGCUAGACCAGAAGAUUAUGCCAAUUUUAGUGUAACAACUAAUGGAAAUGUGAAGGUUGAAGAUAGAUACGAAGAAAGUUCAACAGAGUCUGUAGAAACUGCGCAAACUUCAAGUGAUAAUCUGGAUUCAAUAAUACCAACACCAAAAUCUGAUAGGCCUUCUUUUGCUGGUUUGGGAACGACUCGUCCUCCAAGGAUAAAACCAGGAAAACCUUGGCCAGCUAGACCAGAAGAUUACGCCAAUUUUAGUGUUACAACUAAUGGAAAUGUGAAGGUUGAAGAUAGAUACGAAGAAAGUUCAACAGAGGCUGUAGAAACUGCGCAAACUUCAAGUGAUGAUCCGAAUUCAAUAAUACCAACACCAAAAUCUGAUAGGCCUUCUUUUGCUGGUUUGGGAACGACUCGUCCUCCAAGGAUAAAACCAGGAAAACCUUGGCCAGCUAGACCAGAAGAUUACGCCAAUUUUAGUGUUACAACUAAUGGAAAUGUGAAGGUUGAAGAUAGAUACGAAGAAAGUUCAACAGAGGCUGUAGAAACUGCGCAAACUUCAAGUGAUGAUCCGAAUUCAAUAAUACCAACACCAAAAUCUGAUAGGCCUUCUUUUGCUGGUUUGGGAACGACUCGUCCUCCGAGGAUUAAACCAGGAAAACCUUGGCCAGCUAGACCAGAAGAUUACGCCAAUUUUAGUGUUGCAACUAAUGGAAAUGUGAAGGUUGAAGAUAUAUACGAAGAAAGUUUAACAGAGUCUGUAGAAACUGCGCAAACUUCAAGUGAUAAUCCGAAUUCAAUAAUACCAACACCAAAAUCUGAUAGGCCUUCUUUUGCUGGUUUGGGAACGACUCGUCCUCCGAGGAUUAAACCAGGAAAACCUUGGCCAGCUAGACCAGAAGAUUAUGCCAAUUUUAGUGUAACAACUAAUGGAAAUGUGAAGGUUGAAGAUAGAUACGAAGAAAGUUAUUCAGGGGCUGUAGAAUCUAUUAAAAAAGAAUAUUUUGAAGAUAAAACUGAUGAAACUACCACAAAGAUUCUACGAAAUUCAAAUUUCAAUGCAGUGAUUCAUAAGGAAUUUAAAAAUGAUAAUAAAUAAUCUAAACUC